AUGAUGGAAGCUUCACCAGUAUACGUGCGUACACUCGAUCGGUGCCCAUUUGAGGCCUGCUCAGCGGUCCACAUUUGGGAUUUGUCGAUGCGAGCGAUGCACAUUUGGGAUUUGUCCAUACGGUGUGGUCCACAUUUCAUCGCAACGCCUGAAUUUAAAUUUUACAACUUAUUGCAAUUUUUAGUUAUGAUAAAUCGACUCUUAUCAGGUUCUUUCGCCGCCGCUUCCUCGUCGUCUGUCACGGGUGCUAGCAGAAAUGCCAGACAGCCCUCGGCACCAGCGAUCAAACACUCGGCAGCGGCAAUGAUCAUUCCCUUCAAAUUGAAUAUCAAGGAUUUUGAAGGGUGCGAUGGCUCUACCAUUAUGAUGGAAUGCCGGAUUUUCAACGACACCAUCCUCGAUAUUUCUAUGCUUCAAGGGGUCGAGAAAUUCGUCAAGCAGUCCCUGAUCGAGGGCUCCUCUACCCUCUCCAGUGCAUCUUUAAUCUCAUCAAUAUUUUGGUUUUUCAAGAGCGAGGGUACGCUCCACCACGAAUCUAUUAGGCGUUGGAUAUCUUCUGUUAUCCCGGCAGAUUGGAUUGCCCCAGAAGGGAUGAGCAGAUUUCAUGCUUUGGCUCUGGGGUAUCUUUUGCGGCAAAACGACAAGGGCAGCUUGAGAAAAUUGCUCUCCAUAUACGCUCCAUUUAUGCAGAUUUCAAACACAAAUCCAGCAUCCAUGGCUCUGGUGGUUCUGUUGAUUCAAAUAUGCGCGCAUAUUGGGCUUUCUGAGGCAGAGUUUUUACCUUCUUGGAAGUCUUUGCUCACAUCGAAUAGCGGAAAAGAAAUGGUGGCACUGGAGGUUUGUUCCUUGCUUGUUAAUCCAUCCAUAAAAUCGUCUGAGGAGGACAAAAUUGCUUGCGUCAAACUCUCCAUAGCUCUGUUGUCUUCUUCAAACUCGGUGAUCCGAUAUUCGGCAAUCAGAGUCCUUUUAACGCUCGCAACACACCGGCAAGACUUGCUAGCCAAAAGCCAACAGGACAUCGAAUCUUUGAUUGGGGAUCCCAAUCGCUCAGUUGCCAUCAUUGCGGUGACGAUUCUUUUGAAAAUCGGGAACGAGUCAAGCAUUGAUCGCAUUGUACCGCAUCUGAAAUCAUCACUGUCCGAAAUGCCAGAAGCCUUGAAGAGAAGCAUCCUCGAUGCAAUGACCACGUUGGCGGUUCAAUUUCCUGCCAAGGCCUCCAAUAUUAUCGGGUUUUUCUCAUCCAGGCUUAGGGAUGAGGGCGAUCACUCCCUCAAAAGGUUGCUAGUUUCUUCGAUUGACGAAAUUAUCACAUCAAUUCCAUCAACCGCUGAAGAGGAUUGCGAGUAUCCUGACGUGGCGUGUGACGUGCUUCAUAUCAUUGGACGGGACGGCCCUAAACACCCGAACCCCAUUCUGAUAUUAAGGCACGUUUUUAAUAGGCUGCUUUUGGAGGUCUCUACCGUAAGAAUGGCUGCUCUGGGUACGCUGAUAAAAUUUGGAAGCGAGUUGGAAUCAUGUCGUGAUCUUGUGGUGCAUUUAAUUAAGCAAAGGUUCGCAAUCAUUUCGCAUUCCCCUACUAGAUGCCUACAGGACGAAGACGUUGAAAUCAGAGACCGAGCAUUGAUCUUCAUCAAUUCGAUCAACUUCAAAAGCGGCGAUAUCUCCUCUCUGUAUGACGAGAAGAUUAUCGACUUGGAUUUGCUGGAACAAAGAGCAAAUUUAAUCAUUUCCGGGAAAUCCUCUUUGCAGGCGCUUGAGCAAGACGCCAACGUGAAGAAAUCUUCAAUUGUCGAAUCCAUAAAGUCUUUAUGUAAAUGUAACCGUGCCGCUGCAAACGCCGUGUCUUCUUUGGUCGGCAAGACGCUGGCAGAUCCAUCAUCGACCUCGCCAAGCAAGUUAUCCUUUGUCAUGAAUGAAGAUAUCCUUCUGCCACUCUAUGGAUGUCCCAUGGACAUUGGCUCGUUGAUCCACCAGAGCCCAGCGGUGCCACUCACAGAGCCGGACACCGAAUAUAUUGUUACGGUUACCAAAUAUUUGUAUUAUUCUGCUCUUAUUCUGCGAUUUUCGUGCACCAAUACAAUCACGCACAUCCAUCUGGAGGACCUCCACAUUAAUAUUGAAUUGCCCGAGCAGACAUGCAACCUGUUUGAUGUCAAAUCAUCCUUUAUCCCGAGUCUCAAAGGGGCAUUGGACUACACGACGUCCUCCUCAUCGUCCCAGGACCUCUAUUAUGUUUUUGUGCUAAAGGAGUCAAGCGAUAUGCUUACCGUACCGCUAGGGACGUUCCCGGCCCGCAUGUCCUUUUCCAUGCGAGAGGUUGAUUUCAUCGCAGGCGAGUUGGCUCCCAUUUCUCUGUUUGAUGUUGAAUUUUCAAUCUCAGACUAUUUGAUCCCCAAUGCCAGCGGCAAGGAAAAUGCCUGGGCAUCAAUGCCGCCUUCCUCGGAGAAGAAAAUCGUCUUCCAAGUCGGAUCUUUCGCGGGCAGCAUCCAAAUGCUAAUCGAUAAUAUUCACUCGAGCAUUGGAGGCACCCUCCGUAUGGUUGAACAUAGCGACGCACCAGCUAAUGUCUCUCCAUUUAUCAUUGAGGGCUCUUGGCUCGGAAGAUCCUCGAUCCUCAUCAGGGGGAGGGUGGGGGCUGUCGCCCAGGGCGCAUAUGCUGUCGAGCUGAUUUCAAGGACAACCAUGCCAUCGACCACGCUGAGCGAGCUUCUCCUGAGUGCUGUAUAA